AUGGCUUCACUUACAUAUCUCGUCACCGGCGCGAACAGAGGUAUUGGAAAGGGACUUAUCGCAUCCUUUCUCUCUGAGCCACGAAGUAUCGUUAUUGCCGUCGUGCGCGACCUCGAGCACGAGUCAUCCCAAUCGCUUCUACAGUUGCCUCGAGGUACGGACAGCAAACUAAUCAGGGUCAAGAUGGAUGCAGGAGAUAGCCAAUCAAUCCACAAUGCAUUCAAACAUCUCAUCGACGACCAUGGUAUCCGGAGUCUAGACGUUGUGGUCGCCAAUGCGGGAAAAGGCGGUGCAAGCCGCAAGCUCCACGAAACACCGCUAUCGGAGAUGCAGGAGUACAUGAGCACUAAUGCGUACGGAAUCGUGGAACUCUUCAAAUCGUCACUUCCUCUUCUGGUCAAGUCGGAGAAGCCCACGUUCUGUGCAAUCACAAGUGGUAUCGGUACAAACAACAAUAUUGAUACUAGUUUGCCCUUGGCAUGUUACGCCACGAGCAAAUUAGUUGCAAACCACUUUGUAAGAUGGCUUGCUGCUGAAAAUUCGGGACCGACCAUUUUUGCAUUGCACCCCGGCCUCGUCGACACUGAAAUGACAAAGGCGACUCUUCAAGAAAUCAAGAAGUUGAAUCCCAACAUCGAUGUCAAUCUCUUCAAGCUUAUUUCUGUCGAAGAAAGCGCCCAAUGUUUGAAGAAGCUGGUUAGUACAGCCUUGACGCAUUCUGAGGAUACACGUUAA